AUGGGCUGGAUGGAGCAGGAGCAGGAGCGAGGAAUCACCAUCACCAGCGCAGCAAGCACCUCUGUCUGGGAUGCACACACGUUCAACAUCGUGGACCCACCAGGUCAGAUGGACUUCACCCUGGAGGUGGAACGGUCUCUCGGUGCCGCGGCUGUUUUGGACGGCAUGGCAGCCGUCGAGCCUCAGAGCGAGACCGCUUGGCGCCAGGCCUGCAAGCACAAGGUGCUGCGAGUGUGUUUUGUGAACAAGAUGGACCGCGAGGGCACGGACUUCUACGCGGAUGUGCAGAUGAUGGCGGACAAGCUCGGCACAAAUCCUGUCCCCGUCAAGCUUCCCGUCGGAAAGGGCUCCAGGUUCAGGGCUGUCUUCGAUGUGGCCGAGAUGAAAACGUUGAGUUGGACUGGCGAGGGGCUCCGCACGAAGCAUGACGUGGAUAAUCAGAUCCCGGAGGGCAUGGAGGAAGAACAGGACGAAAAGGUUCCGGAGGCCUACCUGGAGUCUGGUGAGACAACACCUUUGGAAGAUCUCCAGAAGUGCAUCCGCGAAGGAACCCUGACACACAGCUUGGUGCCAGUGCUUUGCGGAGCGGCCUUCAAAGACAAGGGUGUGCAGCCCUUGCUCGAUGCCGUCUGCGUCCGUGAGUAUUUGCCCUCGCCAGUCGAUCUUCCACCAGCCAAGGAUGAGGAGGAGGAGAUCGAGCGCAAGAAAGAGCCGGAGGAGAAGCUCUUGAAGGUGGCGGCGGACACAUACAUCCUCAUGGUUCUUAUGCAUGCCAACAAGCGCAAGGCCCAGGCAGGCGACAUCAUUGCCGUUGUGGGCCAAAAGGACACCACAGGUGACGCCCUGUCCGCAGUGGACUCCCGAAUUGCGACGGAGAAGAUGGAAUUCCCGGAGUUUGUGACCCAGGUCUCCUGUGAGCCUAGCUCGCAGACGGGCACGGACAAGACGGGCAUCGAAGCCGGGGAGGCUGCGACUGGGCAGGCAAUCCAGCAGAUCGAUGGUCAAAAGCAAGAGUCAGUGCGCCAGGCGCUGCACAAGGUGAGCCAACACUUCCGGCAAGUCUUCAGUGAGAUGUUUCCGGGAGGUAUCGGCCAGCUGCACGUAACGCGACAGGCUCAGGGCGCGAAUGAGGAGAGUCAGGGCCAAGCACAGUCCUUCCUGUCCAUGAACCAGCUGUCCGAGGGCCAGAAGACCCUGGUCGUUUUGGGCUGGGCUUUCACGAUUCAAAGGCUGGAGAUUGCUUCUUUCUGUUUGUUGGAUGAGGUGGAUGCAGCUCUGGAGGCCUCCUAUCGCACAGCGCUCGCGAACCUCAUCGCACGCAUGGCCAAGAAGUCACAAGUGAUCAUGACAACAACGACAGAUGCUACCGUGUUUACCAGCGGAACCGAGCAAGCCGCAUCGACGCAGUGA